AUGCCAACACCCGAGUCGAUCCAGUUCCGCAUGCAAAAGCCCAAGGUGCCGCCAACCUUCGAGGGCGUCGACUACGACAACAACUUGCAGCUCAAGGCAGCCCAGGAUGCUGUCCUGCGCGAGCAAUGGGUCCAGAGCAUGAUGGCCCGCCUACUGAGAGAGGAGAUGGGCAAGUGCUACUACCGCGAGGGCGUCAACCACCUCGAGAAGUGCGGCCACCUCAGAGGUUCGUAUCUCUGUGCUUCCUUCCGAAGUUCCAUUCCAUUCGAGCGAGAUUCAAGUCUGACACUCGACNNAGAACGCUACCUUGAGCAAUUGAAGCACUCCAAGGUCAAGGGUUACCUCUUCGAGCAGCAAAACACCACCCCCAGCAGCUCAUAA